UAUUUUCAGGAGUAUCUAUUUGGAAAAAAUGUAUAUGAUUAUAUUCAUGAAAGUGAUCACAAAGAAUUAGUGAAACAAUUUAACGAGGAUAAAAGAGCAGACACUCCAAUUAUAUCUCCAUACGAAGAAGAACCACAAAGAGUAUUUUAUGUGAGGAUGAAGUUUAACUUACGGAAACCUGGUAGUAAAGCUAAACAUACUGGGUUCAUGUUGGUGCAAUGGUCGGGUAAAAUGAAGCGUCAUCUGUCUAUGAAACUUGGCACUGUGGUGACUGAUGGUCUGUUGUGUAUAUGUCGUCCAAUGCAGACAACACCAUUGCUAGAAAUAAGAAUGGAUGGUAACAUGUUUAUGUCAAGACAUGACCUUGGGAUGACCUUCACCUUUUGUGAUACAAGAAUAAUUACAUUGAUUGGGUAUGAGCCAAGUGAAGUAAUUGGUAAAACAGCGUAUCACUUUCAUAACCCGAUAGAUGCCCCAAAAGUGGGUGAUUGUCACCACAAUUUAAUAAUCAAGGGGACAUCAGUGAGUAAAUAUUACAGAUUCCUUGGCAAAGCGGAUAAUUGGGUGUGGCUGCAGACUAGGGCAACAAUCAUCUACAAUACUGCAAAUAAACCUCAGUACAUUGUCUGCAUGAAUUAUGUUAUCAGUGAGGAGGAAGGAGAGAAAUAUUUGAUGUUAGAAGAGCAUCAGAAUGCCAACAGGCACACAGACAACACUGUUCUAAUGCUACCUGAUAAUCAACAUCAUCCUCAAGAUAUUAUAACACAGUGUCCAACUUCUGGUGCAAAAAUUGUUGAGCUUGAAGAGGAAAAUCUAGAAAAAACUGCAUGUCUUAAUGGCGAACUUGAUGGACAACCAGCUGCAGCUCAGCAGAUGACAAAUAGUUCAGUUACAUCUGGGUCACAGUGGAAUUCAAUGGUGACAAUGACUGGUUUUCAACAAAGUAGCGAUGGAGUUGUUCCACCUCAAGACGUGACUAGUACAGAUGUAUCAAGUUUACCACUAGCAAGAGUAGCAAACAGUCAGUGUGACAUGACUACCCAGAUCUCACAACCAGUAAUGGCACAUAUUCCUGAUGUACACAUGGCUCAGUCCACAGAUCCAAUAGAGGACAAUAUUGAUAGUACAAUUUCAGAUCCUCAAGUCGCAGACUCUGUGCAAGCUUGCAGCCCUGAUGGUUCAUCAGGUGCAUACCAAAGUUCGCUGUGUGUACAUCGCUCUAAUGAACAUUACAUUAAUGGAAUGGUUGAUCAGACAAUGGGUGCUAGCUGUUCCAGUAGCCAUAGUGAUGAUGCUGGCUAUGAAAGUGCGAGCAGCCCCUAUAACGGGAGCUAUUUCAGCCCACAAAUGGUGUCCCCCGUAUGUAGUUACAAUAAUGGGAGUGAUCCAGGAUAUACCCCUGAUAUAAAUAAUAGAAAUGGUUUGAUUCAUGGACAAAACUGUUCGUUAGGUGUUGGAUAUGGUCAGGCAGUAUCAUUUAAUCAGGCUGGUGAUAUGCUGCAGAGAGAACAGCCAAUGGAUGUUCUCCCUGAUUCAAAUACAGAAUUCUCUAAUCCUGUUCUGGAUGAAAUUCUUCAGUCAUUAAACCAGACCACAACAGACAAUUUGGAUGUGAAUAUGGCUCUUGUUUAUUCUUCUAUUGAAAGUUUGACAAGUAAAACACCAUCCUCCAUAGCAACAAGCGUAAUGAAUCCAGUAGAAACUAAAUUUCACCAGGUGAAACCAGUUACUAAAACAAGGAGUGCAGUUCCAUUUCAGCAGAAGAAGCAGUUGGAAAAAAGGACUGAUAAGCCAUUGUUACGGAGUUUUCUUACUAUGCCAAAAGAAUCAAUUCCCAGUCAGCCACUUGGUGGAUUUAUACAAAUGCGUAAUAAAAAGGAGGAAAAUCUGUCAUCUUUUGCUAAGGAAGGAAAUGGCCCUGUUGCAAAACAAGGGAAUACAAGUGCUCAAACUCAAAAUAAUCAAAUUCCGACUUGCAAAAACAAUAUCAAUAGGUGUAAUGGUGACGGAUCAAUUUCAGAUUGUGCUAAUGGCCAAAUGGAUAAUAAUGAUAAUGAAGCAUUGGAUUUUGACGAGAUUCCAGAAUACGCCCUUCAGUACCUUGUGAAUGACUUUACUGAUGCCCAAGCACAAGCUUUGAUAGCAGAUUUACAAGGUGAAGGGGGUUUACAGAAUGAUUCUUUCAUGGACACUUCAGAAAGUGACUUUACUAAGGACUUUGUGAGUUCUCUGGAAAAUCAGAGCAUGAUGGCUAAUGUAAGUACUGAAAGUACUGGGUUCAACUCUUUCACUGGUUCUCAAGUAUGUAGCAAUAUUCCAAAUUCUCAGUGUAAGACACAGUGUUACUCAUUUGGUAAUAGCACAAAAUGUAACUCCACACAACAGCAUAAUUUGAAUUCUAGGUCAAGUGGUGCAUCAAUGGGAAGUUACUGUGAAGUUAGUUCUGGACAUGAUCACGUUUAUCAUCAGUCAAUGAGUCGAUUAAAUGGCCAAAAUAGACAAAGGUUUCAUAAAUUACCGGAGAAUCGCGGAGGAUGUAAUAAACUUUCCAGUGGACAGAAUACGUGUCAUUCACAGACUCAAACUUCAGAACAUUGCAUGUCAGAGUUGGAACGUCAUUUAAGGAACAAAAAAUUGACUUCUCGGGACAUGACUUUAAACAGAGUCCAAAAUGUCUGUAUUAUGAACUCUGAAAAACCUUUCCUUCAGCAACUUCUGACAGGGGAGCUAACUAAUGACAUGUACAUGAAAAUGGAACGUAGUCGGUUUGAUAUUAAGAAAUGAGAGGAUUUUACAAAACAUAUCAUAGUUACAGAAAAUUGUUCUUGUUUGUACAGUCAGUGUUUAAUUCAAGGUCAUGUGAGCCCAACUAAAAUACAUAUACAUGGAUAAGAAAAUUUGUUGAGUAUUUCUGUAUCAUUCAUUUUAGUUGGACUUCAGUUCAUUUGUUUGUUCAUUUUGUUUAAUUAUUGCUCAUUCACAUGUAUGUUAGGAAAGUAUUUUAUUGAUGAUGAUAUCAAUUUUCCUAAUUCCCUGGAACAACUGUAGAAUAUGAACUAUUUUUGUAUGUAAAGAUAUUUCAGAAAGCCACAUUCCUCAAAUUUCAGUUCUGUUAACAAAAACUAUUAAUAUCAGUAAAUGAUCACAAAAGUACAAAAAAUGUUACAAAUAUUUUCUUUUCAUAUUGACACAUAUUGCCUAUAUCUAUAUGUUCACAAGUGUUUAGAGGUAAAUUUUAAUCGGCUAUUAACACCAGUUUGGAGUUUUGAUGCGUAGGAAUUAACUAUGAAUGCUGCAGGCCUAAAUAGUUAAUUUUUUCAAAUUAAAAAUGACGAACAGUGAGCCAAUAAAUACUGCUCAGACCAUUAACAAGACAAAGUAGCGGAGAUCACUAAUACUAUUUUUUUCGUUGGCGAUUUUCAUUUCUGGCAGUUCUAUUCAGCACCCUUCUGUAGCUAAAGUAAAAAAGAAACAAAAGUAUAAGAAAAAAUUCAAUGUCAUAAAUAUGUUUAUUUGUAAUAAUUGUAUUAAAAAUUUCAACUUGUGUAUCAGACUUGAAUGUACAUGUAUAGUGUUUACAUCGGUGCUAAAUAAAUCAAUCUUCAUUAUCAUCCAUGUUAGUUUAUAUGAUGUCAUUCUGGCACCUUUUGUAAACAAGUGGCAUACUUGAUGAUGUCAUUACAAGACUCAUGAAAGGUCAUAUAUGAUAACUGAUAUUGAUAAAGAUGAAAUUCAAAACCUGCUGCUUUAAGUUUAUACGAGAUGUUAUUUAGAAUUAUAUGUAAGGACAGAAUAAUAGGUACUAUAUUAUUUAUCAUGGUGCCUUUGUUAGAAGGAGUAAAUAAAUGUAAAGAACAGCCAGUGGUUAUUGGCAGUUUUACACUGGUUAUUUUCUUCUUUGUGUAAAGUGACAAAAUCAUGAGUUAUGUUAGAAUAAUUCGUUAACUUGUGUCAAUUCAGACAAAUGUAUUUAUUGUAAUGAGCAUCAUGUCAUUGAAUUGUAAAAAUACCAGUUUUCUCCUAGUAAGGUCAAAUGGUUAGUAGAAAUAUCAUAUGUUCUUAUAUUUAAGGCCACAAUAACGUGCAUAUGGAUUGAUAUACUUUCUUUCUUGUAACUGUCACAUAUUGUAUUGCAGUGUUUUUUUUUUUAAGGAAUCAUAAUAUAUCUUUUAACGGUUGAUGGUCCCAAUCUGUUUAUCAAAAUUUCCAAACAAAUCACAGGAUGGAAUCAGACAGUAAAUUGAAUAUUGAUUACUUACAUAAGUGUGUUGAAUAUACUAAAUAGCAGAUCAUUUAAACAAAUGUAAUUUAGAAGUCAUGUUGCUUAAAAUGUUCCAUCAUGUUGCUUAAAAUGUUCCAGAGAAUUCCUAUUGUGUUUGUUGAUUGUGAAAUUUGUUAGCUUAUUUGUGAUAUGAAUGUGUUUAUUUAGAUGUGUUGUAUAAUGUAGCAUAUAUUUAUGUCAGGUAAAAGCAUGCAUAGCUUGACUAUACAAAAGUAUAUGGAGAGCUGUGUGACUCGUCCAGUGUCAACAUCAGCUUCCAGAUUUUAGAUUAAAGUUUUUGUGCAGUAAAAUAUUUUUCACUUCUUUAUUGCUUUAGGUAUCAACUUCAAAUAUAUGAUUCUUAUCACUAAUCACAUCUCAUACGACAAGGUGCAUUACUCUAGAAGCAAUUUUUCGAGAAUUAUCUCCCCUUGAACUUAAAAAUGUUAUUUUUUACUGUAAUAUGCUUUGUUAUUUUCAAUAGUGUCUACUCAUGACUUAAGAUGAUUGUUCUUUGUCAUUACUCACAUCAUGUAUGACAAGGUUCAUAACUCUAGCAUCUUUAUUUCAAGAGCUAUUUCUUUGAACUUAUAAUUUUUACUUCAAAAACUUAAUAUACUACUUGUUCUUAUCAUUUUGUUACUGUAGGGUUGUCUUCAGAUUUCAAAUUGUUGUCUUUUCCAUUAGAGCAUAGAAAUGUCUGUAUGUCUGUUUAACUUUUAUUGACAUUGUCGCAUGCAUAUUAUGUGACGCAAAAAAUUAGAACAUUUGAGUGCUUUUAUGAUACUGAUACAGAAAUAUAUUUAUACAUAAUUAAUUUUUUUUUCAUAGUUUUACAAUCCUUUACUGCGAACAAUAUUUAAUUAGUCAAGCAUGCUGUCUUCUCUGAAUUUUGAAAUUUAAAAAAAAAACAAACUAGCUUAUCUAUGAUAAAAACUUUGGAAGGAUAGGUGUAUAUGAAAUCUUCUGUAGUCUUCUAAUUAUGUGCCCCUGAAAGCUGUAUGUUCAAAUCUCUAUAGGGCUAUGGAAUGUUGCCAUUUUGGAAACUAUCCAGCAGAAGAUAGUGGAAACUUGAGGAAAAGUCAUAUCAACCAAUUAUUACUUUAAGAGAAAAUAGGAUUGUUUUUACAUGCUCAGAUGGUGUAUAUAUGAUAUAGUGUAAUAAUGUCUUAUUUAUAGAGAAAAUAAAGAAUAGUUUUUUGUUUUCUUGAAAUAUAAGAGAUAGCUCUGCAUAACUGAUAAAUAUCAUGUGUCUGUAUGUUCUAGUAUAGUAACUUAUAGUAAAUUACUGAAACACGUUUUCUUGUUUACAAUGAUGUGAAGAGCGAUUUUUUUAGGAAGUUUUUAGUUUUAAAGUAUAAAAAAGUGUUUUAGCUUGUGCACUUUUACUGGAUACAUUUUGUUCUGUAUUGUUAUAUGUUAUUUUACUGAUGUAGAUGAGCAUCAUUGUAGCAAUAUUAUUUAUUUUUUAUAUUUCAAUGUAUUUUAUUCCUACCUGUAAAUGAUCAAUUUUUGAGACAGCUACUUAAAUUUUUAAACAAGUUAGGAAGUUGUAAUGUUUCUGAUUUGUACACAUUUUCUUUUAAUUAAGCUUUAUAAAGUAUAGAGAGUUUUAGAUAAUCAUACUUUGUUUACUGAAUAACAUUAUGUGACCUUUUUGUACUCUCUUAAAUUUGUUGUCAUGAUUAAGAAAUAAAUGUUAUAUUUAUUGUGAAUACGACUCAUUUGACAUGAUUUUUGUAUUUGUUGUUGAUUUUAAAUAUUGAUUAUAUUGUUCAAUUAAGGACAUGGUUUCACUGGUUAAUAGUUUAAGUUAAUGGCCGAAGGAAAGAUAAAUCAGUCAAGUCGGGUAUAAGUUAAAGGUAAAAGUUACUUUAUUAAGUUGAAGGGACAAAUGUUAUAGACCUUUUUACGACAUAAAGUCAACAUAAAGUGAUAUGAGUGAUAUCUAUUUACUGCAAUAAUCUGAUUAUUUCCUAGAGAAAUAUAGAAGACUAUUGGCUAUGUAAUAGAUAUACUGAAAACAGUUAAAUGCUAAGAUUCCAUAUUAUGUUUGCCUGGAGCUUCUCAGAUUAAAAAAAUAAGUAGUAGUUGACUCAUAACUUAUACAUUGACAUAAUAAAGAUUGAACCCUCUUGUUUAGAUCCUUGAUAUAAGAUAACUCCAACUUAUAACUAUAACAUUGACAUAAUAAGGCAACUUAUAACUAAUACAUUGACAUAAUAAAGCAACAUAUAACUAAUACAUUGACAUAAUAAAGAAACUUAUAACUAAUACAUUGACGUAAUAAAGCAACUUAUAAGUAAUACAUUGACAUAAUAAAGCAACUUAUAACUAAUACAUUGACAUAAUAAAGCAACAUAUAACCAAUACAUUGACAUAAUAAAGAAACUUAUAACUAAUACAUUGACGUAAUAAAGCAACUUAUAAGUAAUACAUUGACAUAAUAAAGAAACUUAUAACUAAUACAUUGAUGUAAUAAAGCAACUUAUAACUAUUACAUUGACAUUAUAAAGAAACUUAUAACUAAUACAUUGAUGUAAUAAAGCAACUUAUAACUAAUACAUUGAUGUAAUAAAGCAACUUAUAACUAUUACAUUGACAUUAUAAAGAAACUUAUAACUAAAACAUUGACGUAAUAAAGCAACUUAUAACUAAUACAUUGACAUAAUAAAGACUGAACCCUUUUGUUUACACCUCUGUUAUUACCCUUAAAUGAUCAAUGUUAAUAAAACUUGGACUUGUUGUCAGCCACACUUCUUAUUAUUGUAAGAAUCUAAAUUAAAGCUAGAAUUUGUUUAGGAAAAAAUAUAUUCUUGCAUCAUACGAGUAAUUGGGUUAUUAUAAACAUUUUAACAGUCAAAUUUUUUAAUUGUCCUAAACUGCUGCUCAGUUAGUUCUUUGCUCCAUUUCUCAGAUUGGAGUAUAUGAAAUAAUGGCAGGAAAUAAAACAACUUUAUAGUUUGAGAGAUGAAUAUUUUUUUUUAGGAAAAUGUAAAGCUUAUGUGAAUAGCCUUGUUCUUUUAAAGUAAAUUGGGCUCCAAGUGGAAUGUGGAAAAAAAAAUUCAAAACUGUCAAUGUUCAAUUUAGGCCCUGUUUGAAAGAAGAAAAAGGUGUAAUAUUGAAAUUUGGAUCAUAAGUUAAAAUAUUAUUUUAAAACUUUAAAAUAAUGUUCCUCAGGAUAUUGCAUGGAUAGUUUUCUUCAGGUCAGGAAGUAUGAUGUAGAAAAUUGCUACUCUUACCUCCCUAGUCAUAAUUUUGUUGUAAUUUGACAUAACCACACAUUAAUGUACAUUUAUGUCAGUGAUUAAAAUAUUUUACUUUUAUGAGCAGUACAAAUUUGAUAACCACCUGAACACAUGGUGCUCAUGAAAUUUUAUCCAUUGUAAUGAUAAUUUAAAACGUUUCCAUUAGUACAAGACGUUGGAGCUUUGAUAUUCAGCGUGUAUCAUUGUAAAAUGAACCAUUAACAAAUUUGUUAAAGUCAUUACCCUAACGUAACAUAAUUUUUAUGUGGCAAAAAAUUUUCUCUCCCUUAACUGGAAACCUAAAGCAUAGAUAUUUGGUGUGUAGCAUAACUAGCAGUUAGUCAAAAUUUGCUUUGCCUCAGGGUCACAUGAAUUUAUAGUUUUACAUAUCUUUAAAACAUUUGUUCUCCCAUUAACUUUCAGCUUACAUAUUUGGUGUGUAGCAUUUUCUGGUGGAUCUCAAUUAGUUGUGUUCCAAUCAUGUCUUAUUGGCCCCAUCCUGACAGAUAACUGUUAUUUUUUUUUUUGUUGAAUUAUCUCCCUUUUUUACAAAUUAUUGUCAUUUUCUCCAAAAAAAUCACAGGUAUACACUUUAAACUUGAAAUACUGUUGUUAACUACAUUUGUAUCAGCACUCUUGCAGAAUUAUCAUUGCCCAGAAGACCUUUACAGAAGUAAUAUAAAUCAUGCAUCUGGGCCACUCUAUGAUCACUAUAAUGUUACAUGGACCUUUUAUAGGAAACUAACAUUUAAAAAUGUCCCUCUCCUCAGAAUACCCAGAGCUUAGAGGUUUUAUAUGAAGUAUAAUCAUGUGAUUCUAAAGUAAAGUAAUAUAUCAUUUCCCUUUUGCCUAGAGGUUAGAUAUUUGGAAUGUAGAAUUGCCUUGUGGACAACUUAAUGGAUUUCAGUUCAGUGAUCUAAGGCAGUCAGGACCCUUUGUAUAAAAAAGGACUGAUCCCAUCAUGCAUUAAAGGAUUGCAUUCUUGCAAAGGGGUAAAAUACAACUAAAAAAAAGACACAUUUUGCUUUGUCUGUUUGACAGCAGUUUAAUUUUUGUUUUUGUAUGUACCUUAAUGGCUAAGAUAUAGAUGCCAAAAAAGGUAUAUUGGUGAAAAACAACAUAUUUUCCUUUUGUGCAAGGCAUACUGUUAGUUUUGAUACUUGGUAUUAUUAAUAAUACAUGUAUCAUAAUUGAGUAAUCCGGUACAAAGUUUAUUUUGAAAUUAUGACCCUGAUGACAAUAACAGCCCCAUUGAUAGAGUCAUCAUUGUUAAAAAACUUGAACAAUCUUACUAUCAGAGAUCAUAAGGCUUAGAGGCUGUCAAAUAUAAGACAACAAAUUAUACAUUAUCUACAAUUCUUAGUCAGCACUGCUGGAACUUUCAACUGGAGAUUAAUGGGUGUUCUGUGUAUAAUUUGUGAGAUCCUUGCCAUGCUUCAAAUUUAGAUUAAUUCAUCAUUUUGUUAAGGGAUUUCAACAUCAAUUGAUCAGGAAAACUAUUAGAAUCUGGAAGGACCCAUAUUCAAACUAGUGCAAACAACAUCCUGAUCAAGUCGGGUGACAAUUGAGGCCACUUAAGAGUGUUAAUGACCUCGAUAUGAAUGGACGACAGACAAAGGACAUUAAACAAUCCUAAAAGCUCACCUUGAGCUAAAAAGGAUAUAAAUUAUGACCCAGGUCAAAUUUGUGUCCAGUCUAGGAAAACUUUUGUUACACUUGUAUAGGAAGAUGACUUUCCAUUACCUAGCUAGUAGUUCUCAACAAAAGUAAUAUAAAUAACUACCUUGGGUCAAAAACAACCAUGCCUGAAGGUUAUUUCUUGCAUAGCAGACUGGCAUUUCUGUAAGUUUUAUGCCGGAAAUUUCAUCUGGCAUGGGGGGUGCCAGAUGAGUCGCGUGCUGUACAAUGGCACGCUUUGGAUGACGUCAUUUUACCGUUAUGAAUGAAGUUGAAAAAUGGGCGGGUCACCUCGGGACGGAUAUUCCGAUCCGAACCGCAACAUAUGACAGAUAUUAUUAUUCUUGCAGAAGCUCAAAAUUUCAAUAUUCAAUGUAAGUUAGCAUUUUCUAAGCUUGAUCACAUAUAGAAUAUAACCUUUUACAUUGGAUAAUCUUGAAUUUGACCUUGACACUUGACCUAUAUUUGAAUUUUUAAAUGGAAGACCUCUAAUACAGUCAAGUUAUUUGAACUUUAACAUGCAAUGGUCACAAAGUGAACCAAGUGACCUACUUUAAGAGUUUUGAGCAUCAAUUUUCAAAUCUGAAUGACUUGUACUUUCUGGUUGUGAAAAUAUUUUGAAAAUUCUAUAGAUCUCAGUGGAGUAAUAUAAUGCUAUCUUGUUUUAAAAAAUUACACCAUUAUAUUGACAAGUAAUUGAAGAAAUUUUGGGAUACAGAUAGGCCUUUCAAAUUAAAUCUAAUCAUGUUACUUAAAAUUGGUAUUGUUAGUGAUCACAAAAUGUUGGGAACGUUUGUUAUCACUGGGAAAAAAAUGCAAAUAUAAUAAAGUGUAAUAAGUCAGAUUAGAUAAAUAUUAUGUCUUCUACAAAAUAUUGAUAUAUAUAUAUAUUUAUUAUAAGCUACAGCCUUAAAGCAAAUUUUUUACAGUAAAAAUCUAUUAUAUUUAAACCAACAAGCCAGUGAUGUGCUGAUCCCUUUAAGGUUUUUCUUUCAUAUUUUGUAACCGUGUGUUAGAAGUUUUAUUGACAUGUAAUUUAUUUUUGUUUGUAAGUUGACUCACUCUUCACUUUUAUUUAAUAAGACAUGUAAAUGAACUUCACUGUGAAAACAUUUAUAUUUUAUAAUGAAAACUUACAAUCAUUUCUAAAGAUUUAUUGGUGGAAAUAUUCUCUAAGUUCUUGUUUAUAAUACCGAGAAACACUUUUUGUGGUCAGUUUUAAAUUUUGUUUUUAUUCUGUAUAUUACAGAUAAUGCUCACAAGAAUUUUGAUUUAAUUUAAAGAGUUUUAUAAAAAGUGAGGCACAUUCCAAGUUGAACAUUUUCAUUUGUUUUGUUUAGUAAGUUAUUUUAGUGCUGUGAUUUUAUCAGAUUUAUUUGAUAAAACUGUUUGAAAGGGGUGCUAGAUACUGUUUUAAAUAUAAAUAAUGUAGUAAAUUUAUUUUAAAGUAAAUUUUUACGAAAUUUCUUGUACAUUUUUGUUGAUGUAGAUCCUACUUCUACUGUUUUAAAUAUGUAAUAAACAAUGGGAAGAAAUUGUCAGUGAUUAAUUAAUUGUUAUUUAUGCUCAGAAAUUUGUUGUUUAACCUAUUUGUCCAUUGGGGAUUUUAUAUAUCAAUGAAACUGUCGGGACUUUAUACAAAACUCAACACUAAUUUUGACAUUAUUAUGGUGAAAAAUGUGUACCUUAGAUUCAUAAAGACACAUUUAUAGCUGUGAACUCUUUCAAUUAAUUAAAACAAAAGCAGGCAAUCUAAGAAAUUAUUGACAUGAAAUAUGUUUAAACUUUACACUUAAAUUGAUGAUCUUUUAAAGGAAAUAAUGUAAGUUUUAAAGUUAGUCUUACAUUGUGUCAUAAGGUCCUGUUUUAGAUGGUAUAUCUAAGAAAAGUUUGGGAUUAUUCAAAUAAAAUUUGUAAAAUUAUGAUAUAAAUUACAUCCCUAUACAAACAGUGGAGAUAUGACCUGUAAUACUAACAUGCUAUAUACAAUAAACUAUAUGACUGUUACUUGAUUCAUAUAUCAGAAAAUUAGUCUUUGUUUCAGCAUAAUGAAAUGUUUUUCACUCUGAAGUGUCAUAAUUCUAACUUACAUUAAGUUCAAAUUAUGCACCUUUAAUCUUUCUUGUUAAACUAUUUUUGAGAAACAAUGGAUGUUGAGGUCAAGAUUAUAAGCAGAAUUAUAAUAUUGCCAAUGCAAAGAAACAUAAACUUUUAAGUUUUUUUUGUGUUGUUUAUUAAUGCUCCUUUUAAAAUAAUUUAGUUUGCUGAAUAUUUUCAAUAUUUGCCACCAUUAGAUAAGCUUAUAUCUUAAUCCAAAUAAAUAUGUUUUCAAAUGACUCUCUAUCUUUACUGAAUGAGUUUUAUGUGGAAAAAAAGAGAUCAUAAUUAUUCUUUACAGGUAUUUUUACCAUAUAAAAUAAAUGAACACUCUCACCUAAUGUCCUUUACUAACUGAUUGUGAGAUACAAAUUCUCAGAAUUACUUGUUAUACAUUAUUUCUUGUAUUAGUUGUAAAUACUGUAUUAUACAUUGUUAAAUCAUUAUACAAUAGCAUUAUACAUCAAUGAUAAUAAUUUUGAUUGCUGUUAGAGGAAUUUAAAAAAUACGGUGUGUUUUUGUUUUAUUAUUGAUUAUAGAAUAUAAACAUCUUGAUAUUAUUGUUUAGAUAUUGUUUGAUUGUGAUACAAGAACUUAAUUAAAGUCUAUGUUUGUA